AUUCACCUCAACCCAAGCCAACCGAAUCUCCACCGGAGUCAAUGCCACCGCGAUGGACAUUGAUGACAUUCUCGCCUCCGUGGACCGCCACAACCCGAGCACCCCGGAGUCCACGGCGCUGGACCACCAACUGCUGACGCGGUUCUGGGUGGCCGAGCGCGGCGUCUCGGAGCUGCUUCCCUGGCCGGGCCCAUUGAUGGACCGCAUGAUGGACCGCGUUCGACGACAGAUCGAAACAAUCGAAGACCUAGCCGCCACCUCCGCCGACCCCACCACCACCACCACCAAUAAUGCGAGCACAACCAACACCACCAUAAACCUCACCCUCUCGAUCCUGCAAACCGACCUCUCCCGCACCCAAUACACCCUCCGCAGCUUGCUCCGGCAGCGUCUCGCCAAACUCACCAAACACAGCAUGCACUACCUCCUCCGCAUUUCUUCGCCCAGCCUCACCCAAGCCCAGUCGCAGUCGCAAUCCCAGUCCCAAGAAACCGACCUGCGCCCCGAAGACUCCAUCCCCACUUUGGGCCACGAAGGCGCUCACCCGCCGCUCUCGGCCCCCGAGGUCAAAUUCCUGCAAGCCCACCAGCACCUCCUGGCCAAGCACUACGGGGACGCGUUCCUGGGGUCCUUCCCGCCGCAGCUGCGCCGGUUGGACGAUAAUGCCGGCGGGACGAGUAUGGUGCAGGGGCCGGAGGUGCGGGAGGUGGUGUUUGUGCGGUGUCUGGUGGAGGAGGUGCGGGUGGUGGUGCCGCCGGGGGAUGGGGUCGAGGAGGAGGUGGUGGGCGGGACGGCGAUGCGGAUGGGGGAUGUGUGGGCGGUGCGGUGGGAGGGCGUUAGGGAUGCGUGGGGACGGGGGGAGGUGGAGGUUCUUUAG